AUGAGCCAGCGAAUGCUUUCGCAAUAUCUGAGAGAUAUAGGAUUUUAUCGUGGUGCAAUAGAGAGAAAAGAAGACCCUAGAAAAUAUUAUACGUUUCUAACAGACCACGAAAGGUUGAUCGAUGAAGAGCUAUUGCGUCAUGGAACAGUUGAUAAUUCUAAAAAUUCUGAAAGAAAACAGAAAGAGUCCGAUGAUGAUGAUUUCCAACCUGUACCUGAUCGUCAACAAAAGCGGAAAAAAAAUCUAUCGUUACCAAAGGAUCAAUGGCCACAAACUUCAGAUCUGCCAGAUCUGUAUUUGAAGAACACAAUCUACGACCAAGAAGAAGUGAGGGAGAUGAUCAAUAAUCAUGUAGAGGCGGAGGAAAAUACUGGGAAUAGUAAUGAUCAAUUUGUAGAAUGGAUAGAAGAUUAUAAACCAACGUCAAAAACUUGUCGAUCAUGGGAAGAAAUAACGGUAAAAAGAGAUGUGACUUUAAUCGAAUCAGAUAUACCGGAUAUUGUAAUAUAUUUUUUUAAUGAAGUAGAGAAGAUAACAAAAAAAGAAAACGAAAAUAUUGUUAAGGAAAUCGAAAGAUUAUCUCCAGAAAUAAUUGAAAAGAAUAAUCAUGUUGAGCUAACAAACGAGGAAAAAGAUAUUGUUGAUAAUAUCAGGCGUGCUACCAUAACAUAUGCAGAAAACUUAAAAAGACUCGAACUACUCAUUUCAGAAGGCGAUUUUGACAAUAAUUUUCCGAACAUGUUGACAAAACGAUUUCUAGAAAAACAAGAACUCAAGAUGGAUGGGUAA